CUCUCUCUCUCUCUCUCUCUCUCUGUCGACAGCAGCAGCCUCUCGUUCUUCAGCUUCAAACUCUGUGUGUUUGCAGAAGUUGUCGCUGUUGUUGAGUUGAAUCGUUGUGAAAAGUGAAGCAGUGUUGGAUCAGGAUGAGCAGCAGCAGCAGCAGCAGCAGCAGCAGCAGCUUCCACACGGCUCUGCAGGCCAGGAUGGAGAAGGUGAAGGAGAUGAGUGAAGAGGAGAAGCUCUACAGAUACAACGGCGUGUUGUACCCGACCCUCCUGUGUCCUGAGGAACAUCUGAAGGCUCUGGAGAAGAUGGAGGCUCGAGAGGACGACGUCCUGCUCGUGGCUUAUCCCAAGUGUGGUUUUAACUGGAUGGUCGGGGUGAUGAAGAGAAUCAUCGCUGAAGCCACAGGAACAAAAAGUGAAACUAAGACACCACCACUGCUAGAGUUCUCUGCACCAGACUGUAUGAAGUUGAUGGACGAGAUGCCGUCUCCUAGGUUACUGGGGACUCACCUUCAUCCUGACAACAUCCCAAAUUCCUUCAAAGAAAAGAAAACCAAGAUGUUGGUGGUCUUCAGGAAUCCUAAGGACACUCUGGUUUCCUUCUUUCACUUCACCAAUAAUAAUCCCGUCCUGCCGUCAGGACAGUCCUGGGAAUCUUUCUACUCUCACUUCCUGAAUGGAGACGUUCCUUGGGGAUCAUACUUUGAGCACGCUUUAGCGUGGGAGAAGAGGAUGAACGACCCUAACGUCAUGGUGGUCACGUACGAGGAGCUGAAGCAGGACCUGAGUGACAACAUCCGUCAGAUCUCCCGUUUCUUUGGUUUCAGCCUGACGGAGGCUCAGGUUCAACAGGUCGCAGAGCAGAGCACCUUCACCGCCAUGAAGGAACACGCCACCAACUCCCAUGGCAACAUAGGAAAAGUCAUCUUCAGAAAAGGUGAAGUCGGAGACUGGAGGAACCAUUUCACACCUGAGCAGAGCCGGGACAUGGACCAGGUCUUUGACAAACACCUGGGAGGAACCAGGCUGGGAGUCAGACUCAACUACCAGCUGCACUGUCAGGAGGACGCAAGGACAGAGAAGAGGGAAUGAGGAAGGAAGCAAGCAAGGAAGGAAGAGUCAGUAGGACAUGUCCUUCAGUUGUUCUAUCAUGAUUUAGUUCUUCAGUGUCUUCAAUGUUUCUAAAGAAGCUGAAACUAAACAUCAGGACGUUAACUCUUCAAAUCAAAGAAAACGUUGUUCCUGUUUGAAAACGGCAGCUAAUGUGAUUCUGAAAAUAAACGUUUCUGUCUCA